CGUUCCUACGCAGACCGCGUCACGUUACGGGCCUCUGCUGAGUUUCCGUGUUUACACACCCACGAAAGGAGGAGACAAGCAUAGCGUCAGAUUGGCACAAGGCGAGAGGAGACACUAACACACAGACUGCAUGGUAAAAGGAGGAAAAAACAGCUGCCAAAAUAGCUUUCUAUAGCGGAAUGUUUUCUCGAAAGAGCCAUGGAGACGUCAAGAAAUCUACACAGAAAGUUCUGGACCCAAAGAAGGAUGUACUGACCCGCUUGAAGCACCUCAGGUCUCUGCUAGAUAUCCUGGAUGGGGGAGAACUAAAGACAUUCUUUGAAACAAACUGCUCUCAAAUUUAUUUUAUCUUCUAUGAGAAUUUUAUUACACUGGAAAGUAGCUUAAAGCAAAAAGGGAAUAAAUCACAAAGGGAGGAGCUGGACUCCAUUCUCUUUCUUUUUGAAAAAAUUCUUCAACUUCUGCCAGAAAGAAUAUACUAUAGAUGGCAAUUUCACAGUAUAGGUUCUAUUUUGAAGAAGCUUUUGCACACUGGAAACUCAAUCAAGAUACGAUGUGAAGGAAUCCGACUAUUUUUACAAUGGAUUCAAGCACUGCAGUCAAAUUGCUUGGAAGAACAGUUUUUAAUCUUUGCUUGCCUCGUGCCUGGAUUUCCAACAGUGACUUCCUCAAGGGGUCCCUGCACGCUGGAUACUAUUAUUACCAGCUCCUACAACACCCCUCUGGAUGCCAAGGUUGUUCCUGAAGAAAUCACGCCUCUUGUGCCAGCAGUGGCAGGUGAAAAGAUAGCUGAAGACCAGACGUGCUAUUUUCUACAGAUUGUUCUGAAGGACAUGGUUAUCCAGGCUUCAAGCUUGGAAUGGAGGAACAGAGAGAAUAAAGACACUGGCUUCAGGUUUCUCUUCACGCUCUUUAAGAAGUACUACCUUCCUCAUUUGUUUCCGUCCUUUACAAAGCUCACCAACGUGUACAAGCCUCUGCUGGAUAUUCCUCAGCUCAGACCAAAGCCACUGUACCUUCCUGUGACUCGCAACAAUGAGAGUACUUACUGCACAAGGGACCAGUUCCUGGCAGCGCGCGUUGCUUUUAUCAAAUGGCUUGUGACCUUCUUUCUGGAAAAGAAGUAUGUCACAGCAGCUCUAAACACUAAGAAUGGAGGGGAGGUGCUACCCAAAAUAAUCCAGACUGUAACUGCAGGCAGUACAAGUCAAGAGAAGAACUCUGAGGCUGAGAGCAAUGGACCCGCCGAGCAGGACAAGAGCCAUUCAAACAGCAGUACUCUGUCAGACAGAAGACUCAGUAACUCCAGCCUUUGCAGCAUUGAAGAGGAGCACCGGACAGUCUACGACAUGGUGCAGUGGAUUCUGCUGUCUACCAGGGACAAUGUGAAUUUUGUAAAUGAAGUAUUCCACCAGGCUUUCCUGUUACCAUCUUGUGAGGCCUCUGCAACAAGAAAGGUGAUAAAGGUUUACAAGAAGUGGAUCCUGCAAGAUAAGCCUGUGUUCAUGACUGAACCAGAAAAGAGCAAGCUGGGAGAGGAGGAAGGAGUACAUUCUGAUCCUCUGCAGGACACAGAGACAGACAGCAAACAGCCUACAGAGUAUCCCGGUCACAAGCGCUCUUCUAGCUGGGGAAGAACAUAUUCAUUCAGCAGUGCAAUAAGCAGAGGCUGCAUUAAUGAAGAGGAUAACGCAGAUAUCAAAGCUGGGGUCCAAUCUAUGCUACAGGUGUUCCUGACAAAUUCAUCCAAUGUCUUCUUACUUGAACCUUGUCCUGAUGUCCCCAAGCUCAUAGAAGACCAGGUUGACGUGUGUAAAUCUGUGCUCAAUAUUUACAGGAAAAUGAUAAUGGAGCAUACCAUGAAUAAGCAGACCUGGGAGCAAAUGUUACAAGUAUUGCUAAGAAUCACUGAUGCUGUGAUGCGAAGGCCACAGGAAAACACCAAAGAUGUGUUUGCCACGAGCCUGGCUGGAAUGCUUUUUCGGACGAUAAUCGUAGCCUGGGUUCGGGCUAAUUUAAGUGUCCUUAUCGCCCGGGAGCUCUGGGAUGAACUGCUCAGUGUGCUGUCAUCCCUCACUGCUUGGGAGGAGCUAGUCAUCGAGUGGGCCAACAUCAUGGAUUCUCUAACAGGAGUCGUAGCAAGAUCUGUCUACGGCCUAGAUAUGAGCAGCUUGCCGCUCGACAAACUGAGUGAACAGAAAGAAAAGAAACAGCGAGGCAGAGGAGUGGUGCAGGACACUCAGAAGGGAGCUGCUGUGGGUAGAUCUUUUUCUCUGAGCUGGAGAAGUCACCCUGAAGUUCAGGAGCCCAUGCGAUUCAGGAGUGCCACAACAUCGGGGGCUCCAGGAGUGGAAAAAGCAAGAAACAUGGUCCGGCAAAAAGCAACAGCUAAGCGAAGCCAGUCUAUCAGCAACUGUGUUCAUCUGUACGAGGCUUUGCCCGCUGCUAAAAGCGUGCCUCUGCUACUUCACACUGUGAGCUCUUUCUUGCCUGGUAUCUCUUACAACUCUUCCUCUCGCAGACUUUCAGAAGUGGAUGAGAGCCAGCAGGGUGACAGUCCCGCGGAUGCAGAGCCCCUUGAUGUGCAUCGAGAGCAGCAGCAGCUCAAUCGCAGCAGCAGCACCUCAGACAUUGCACAGCAGCUCUCCUCCAACUCAUUCCAAGGACAAAAAAGGGAAAAUUCACCAAAUACCAACUAUUCAGACUCAAGAAAUAAUGGUUUGGAAAACAGUGGAACAGGAAGAAAAGAUGUUGAGACUCCUGUGAUCUACAUCCGGCGAAGUAGCAAUCCUGGUGAACUUGAAUAUCCUGGGGAUGGCCUGCUACCUUUAGGAAGACAGAGGCAGCGAGAGAAAAGUGAGAGUGUCAGCAGUGAAACCUCUAACGGCUGUCUCAGUGAAGCAGAUGCCUGUUUAAUGUCAUGGCAGACAUUUGAAGAGGAGCCCGAUUCUCUGUCUCCGGCUGACGUCACUAUUGAUUCAGACAGCCCACGGAAUUUGCUGCAGCUCAGCCCUUCUGAUGGCCUGACAGGUUGUGACUGUGCCCUCCCUUCCCACUCUCUACCUUCCCCUCAACCCCAGCUCCCCUCUGCCUCUCCUGCUUUGCUUGUGCAGUCUGACUGCCAGGACUGCCCUCCUCUCCUGGAAGAGAACAUGCACCACUCUGUUUUGCACAUGCCUGAGGAUUUGGACAGCAGUGAAUGUCUAGCCGAUGACAUCAGUAUCAUUGCCGGGGGGAGUCUUACUGGCUGGCACCCUGAUUCUGCAGCCGUGCUGUGGAGAAGAGUUCUAGGAAUACUGGGAGAUGUGAACAGCAUCCAGUGUCCGAAAAUACAUGCAAAGGUGUUCCUCUAUCUGCACGAGCUGUGGCACAAACUAGCAAAGAUCAGAGACAACCUUGGAAUCAGUGCUGAUAACCAGUCCUCCCCUCCACGUCCCCUCCUCAUCCCACCGCUGACAAUGUUUGCCUCCUGGUUAUUUAAGGCUACUACAUUGCCUCCUGAGUACAAGGAAGGUAAACUCCAUGCCUACAGAUUGAUUUGUGAGAUGAUGACCAAGCAUCAAGAUGUCCUGCCCAACUCUGAUUUCCUUGUACAUUUCUACCAUGUGAUGCACAAGGGCUUCAUCAGUGACGAUCAGGAUGUUUUGAACACAGUCAUCCGGUAUUGUUCUCCGCGGUUCUUUUUUCUUGGUUUGCCUGGGUUCACGAUGCUGGUUGGUGACUUCAUCUCAGCUGCUGCCCGGAUCCUUGGCUCUGAUGCAUUGGAAGCACCACGCAUUGAAGCACAAACUAUUCUUGGCUCCCUAGUGUGCUUCCCAAACCUUUACCAGCAAAUGCCUUUACUGCAACCUGUUCCUGGAUCUACUGAGAAAUUCACUGGGAAUGAGGACAUUAAGGACUAUUUCAUAAACAUUUUACUGAAGAAUGCCAGAAAUGAGCCAAGUGAAGGUGCAAGAUGCAUCGCUGUGUGCAGUCUUGGGGUGUGGAUCUGUGAAGAACUGGCCCAGUGCACAAGCCACCCUCAUGUGAAAGACGCCAUCAAUGUAAUGGGUGUAACACUGAAGUUAGGAAACAAAGUGGUUGCUCAUGUAGCGUGUGACAUCUUUCAUCUGCUAGUCUGUCACUGGCAGAACCUUCAGAAAUAUGAAGCAUCUCUUCCCAAGAAAAUCACUGAAAUUUUUGUAGCCACGAUUGCAUUUCUCUUGCCAAGUGCAGAACACUCUACCAUGGAGGCAGAUAAAAAACUAAUGGUAUCACUGCUGCUCUGCCUGUUGGAUUGGUGCAUGGCAAUUCCUUUGAAAACACUGCUAGAGCCCAUUACCAUGCCUGUACUUGAAGAUCCUUAUUCUCAAAAAGCUCCUCUUCUGGACUAUAUUUACAGGGUUCUGCACUGUUGUGUCCAUGGCUCAAAUCUCUACACCCAGCAAAGCCAUUACCUGCUGAGCCUUGCAGACCUUUCCGCCACAGACUACGACCCGUUCCUGUCGGUUGGGAAUGUCAGGAACUCCGAGCCACCGCAGUGUCAUACCAGUGUGGAUUUUGGCAACCUGCUCACGGUAGCUGAGGAGAAGAAAAGGAGGAACAUGGAACUGAUUCCUCUGACUGCACGCAUGAUCAUGACGCACCUUGUGAACCACUUGAGCCACCAUCCACUCAGCGGAGGUCCUGCCAUUCUUCACAGCCUCAUCAGCGAGAACCACGACAACGACUAUGUGGAGUCUUCUGAGCUGUCUUCCGAGGUCUUCAAGAGUCCUAACCUGCAGCUGUUUGUGUUCAACGACAGCACCCUUGUUUCCUAUCUGCAGAUCCCUGCAGAAAAGACUGGAGACGGCGAGCCUCAUGGAGCUGCAGCAGAUGUCCGAGUCAUUGUGAGAGACAUCUCUGGAAAGUAUUCAUGGGACGGUGGCGUUCUUUAUGGACCUUUAGAUGGACAGUCAUCCAGUAGCUGUAAAGACCAACAUAUAAAAGUACCGUGGGGCAGUGCCAGGCCUGGACAGAAAGUGCACCCAAUGAGUUGGGACUCUGAAGGUAACAGUGAAGAAGGGCAGGACGUGUUGGAUAACCUACUGGAGAACCUGGGCAGCAGUAGUCCAGAGUGCCUGUCCCAGCAGCAGGGGAAGCUCAAUGAUCCAGCUCCGCCACCAUUGGGUAUGAGUCAUGAGCAGGAGCACACCAUAAUGGAAGCCAUCUUAAGACAGAGCUCCCAAGAAGAGGCACACGUCAAGAGGUGGCACAGUGACAUAAGCAUGAAAGUAGGCAGUCAGAAAGAACCGGCUCCUCAAGAGUCCAAAGCACCUUUCUACUUCUGUAGGCUCCUGCUGAAUGAUCUGGGCAUGAAUUCCUGGGAUCGGAGAAAAAGUUUCCAUCUACUGAAAAAAAACUCAAAGCUCUUAAGAGAACUUAAAAAUCUGGAUUCAAGACAAUGCCGAGAAACACACAAGAUAGCUGUGUUUUAUAUUGGGGACGGCCAGGAGGACAAGUGCUCCAUUCUCUCAAACACCGGAGGCAGUCAGGCCUAUGAAGACUUUGUAUCAGGACUUGGCUGGGAGGUGGACCUCUCAACACACUGUGGAUUCAUGGGUGGCCUGCAGCGCAAUGGCAGCACAGGUCAGACAGCCCCUUACUACUCUACCUCUACCGUGGAAGUGAUCUUCCACGUGUCCACAAGGAUGCCAUCGGAUCCAGACGACUCGCUAACAAGAAAGCUUCGUCACCUGGGAAAUGACGAGGUUCAUAUCGUCUGGUCUGAGCACACAAGGGACUACCGCAGGGGCAUUAUACCUACAGAUUUCGGGGAUGUGUUGAUCAUUAUUUAUCCAAUGAAGAAUCAGAUGUUCUUCGUACAGAUUAUGAAGAAACCACAGGUCCCUUUCUUUGGUCCUCUGUUUGAUGGAGCCAUCGUAACAGCAACUCUGCUGCCAAGUUUAGUGCGAGCCACAUGCAUUAAUGCCAGCCGAGUCGUGAAGUCUCGCCUGACACUCUACCAGAGCUUCUAUGAAGAAAGGGCAUUGUACCUGGAGGCGAUCGUCCAGAGCCACAGAGAAGUGAUGACGUUUGAAGAUUUUGCUGCACAAGUGUUCUCUCCCUCCCCAAGCUGCUACACCCUGAGUGGAACAGGCUCCCUCAGUGGCAGUGCGAGUGCUGAGCUCCCCGUUGCUGUAGGAACAGACUCCACAGAUCAGGUCUCCCCUACAAUGCCUUGCUCCACAAGGAGCCGAGUCCCUGGGAAACUCCGCCGCUCUGCCAGCGCCAUCAGCAAAUCCUCAAACUGACUGUGGGGCCUUCCAUUUCACACACUGUAGAUUUUACCAGUAACAUUGGCACUUUGCAUUAUUGUUUAAUCAGUCUUUAUUUCUUCUUGUUGUUUUUUAUGAAGAAAACGUCAGACCAGUUGGCGUAAACACCCAGAAGAAGAAUGGGAGCUAUAGAUGUGUUUCUUUUUGCUGUGUUUUAUCAGGUUUGUUAGGGAUACCUGCAAAACAAACACCACCUGGUUGUAUUGUAAGACUAGGGAAUUUGUUAGGAGCAAUAUUUAAUACCUGUUAACGCUGUUGGUCAUUCAGUACAGUACAUUCAAGUGAGAUGAAAAAGGAACCUAAUCCAUUUAAGAGCAACAGGUACAAAAUUGCCCUUUUGAUGGCUUUUUAACAGUGCUGUUGUUGGUGCUUUGUUGGUACACUUUUCCCAAUACUUUUUUUUCUUUUUCACUCGCUAUGCUUUUAUAAACCUCAGUCCAAGAAAGCUCAUGCAUGUUUGUUAGCCACACCACUUCAUUACCUCUUCUUAAAGCAUGGUUGCUGUCCGUGGUACUGAGGAAACCACCAUUCUCUGAAAGAGGGCCUGAAGGGGCCUGGCUUAGAAAGAUAGGUAUUGCCUUCCUCUUCAAAGCAAGAAAAAACACUGGGAACACUGCACCCAAAACAAAACAUAGAAGGGCACUCAAAGGGUCUAUGUUUGUUUGUUUGUUUGUUUGUUUGUUUGUCAUUCUUUUUUUAAAUAUUACUGUGGGAACAGAUGAAUAUGCAUAUUGGAAUUGAAAAAACUAUAUAUACAGGUAGUAGACAAAAAAAUGGAAACACCAAUGUAGUCACUUUAUAGGGCGUUGGGCCACUAUGGUAUCCCGCUCUGUGGAGUUCUCGGCAGGCCGUUUUUGAUUAAACUGGCUGCUCGCGCCCCAGGUUGAAAUUUGCAGUGAAUUGAUCUGCAGUUGCUCGCCUGUUUUCCCUUGCACUUCGAAUUAAUGCAUGGAUAUCACGAUCCUGGAGUAUGCGCUUCCCCCACUGUUGCCCUUUGCGGAUGAUGUCUUUCCCACGGAGUUCCAUUCCCACAUCACCUUAGACACCAUUGCUCGUGAAACAUCAGCCAUCAGCCAAACGCGCCCCAACAAUCACCCCUCUUUCAAAGUCACUGAGGUCUCCUCUUGCAGCCAUGCUAGCCAUAAUUAUAGGCAACCAGGCCUGUCCAGCAUUUUUAUACAUGACCCUAAGCAUGCUGGGAUGUUAUUUGCUUAAUUAACGCAUGAGCCACACCUGUGUGGAAGCCCUUGCUUUCAAUAUACUUGGUGUCCCUCAUUUACCCACUACCUGUAUAUAUUUUUUAAUACUGUUGUAUGUCUUGCAAAAUAUUUUACAAGUCAGGGCAGAUGAGUUUGGUUUAAAAAAUAUAUAUUCAGGGAUACUAAAAAAAAUUGUAGUAUUGCUGAAUAUUGUAUGAGUGAGUGUCUAAAAGUUGUAGAGUUAAAGAUGUGUGUCUCCGUCAGAUUUGCUCAUAACCUCUGCAUAUUAACACUAGCUUACUCAGCCCGCACAUCUUUGAAGACAGCGGGUGAAAAGAACGAUUUGGUCAUUGGAAGAUGAUAUAUGUCUCCAUUUGCUUUGCUUUGUGUGAUUAUUAUUAUUAUUAUUAUUAUUAUUAUUAUUAUUAUUUUUUUUUUUUUGUGGAUAAUCCUGAAUUUGAAUCUGUAUUGGCUUUCGUUUGGUAGUUCAUUGCUUUCUGCUUUUUGCUUUACUUCACAAACACUUUGUGAUAUUAAUCGAAGGGUAUUGGUUCCUUUCUUUGCCACAUUACCUUGCAUGAUCUUCAGAGGAAUGAAUCGCUGUACAGUAGCAUAAUGUAGGUUAAGUGUCAUUAAGUUCUGGAAACCAGAAUAAAAUAUAUUGACAUUCCAAUUUGUGUACAACUAGAUGUAUCUCUUAGUGAUCCAGAAAACUACGUAUAGUUUGUUUCCCCCAUCUAGCAUAGUUUUGGGUUAUGCAAACUAAAUUAAAAUAGUAUAAAUAUAAUUCUGUGUAUUAUUCUGUUAAAUUGUGAAUAAAGAAAUCUUAAGGUAAACUGUUUAUAUAUAUAUAUAUAUAUAUAUAUAUAUAUAUAUAUAUAUAUAUAUAAUGUACAUUUCUUACUACAGAAGAUUAUUUUUUUCUUCUUGUAAAGCUGCAGAUUUUCCAUUAUGACAUCGAUAUAUGUUGUUUUGCACUCUGUCUGUGUUAACAUAAAGUGAAUGUGUCUUCUGUUUUGAGAUAAAAAAUGCUUUAAAAUGUUUAUCAUAUGUAAAUAUUGAGUAAUGUCUGAGAAAGAUUUGCAGUUAUGUUAAGUUAUGGUUUUUUUUGUUUGUUUAUUUUUGCUGUCAGUUUUUGUGAAUUUGCUGAUUUGAUUAAACCUGCAAUGAGAGCCUCAGGUGAUGUUUUAUCUGCAAUGCUCUCUGUGUAUCUGGAUCAGAAACUGGAAAGUAUUGCUCACAGUGCUGAUGUAAUACCUGACUUCAAGACUGAUCUAUUCCAUACCCAUUACAGAAGAGCAGGCAGUACAGUGCACUUAAUACAAAUGUCAGGUUGGAGGGUACAUUGUGUGUCGUAUUGAAGUGAGUACCGUACUUUUCAGGGUUUCAUUGCUUGGAUAAAUUAGAAGUGAAAGAUAACUGAUUGCCUUACAUUAUAGUUUUUACUGUAUGCUGAUCUAUAUGCCGAAGUGGUGUCUUACACAAACACAUUGCAUAUAAAUGUAUAGGCAGUUAUUCUAUAUUUUCAUACAAUCUUUUAAAAGAUUGCAGAGCCAGUAGGUCAUGGGUUCAGUACCUGUCACCCCUUUAUUUAUGUUUGAAAUACAUUUUCAUUUCCAGAAAGAGUAUUUUUCUAACCUUCUUUCUAACUAUACUGUGCAACGUGGAUGGCUUCAGCAAAUCCAGGAGCAGUUGAUUUAUAAAGCUGAAGAGACUGAAAGUGUAUCGAUUUAGAUAUGCAGUAACUAUACAAUACACACAAGAAUAACAAAAUGCCAGCACUGAAUCCAGUGUAGCCACCUGCUCCUUUGAAAGCAGGUUUGUGUUUAGCUGUUUUUUUCACUGCUGUCCCUUGAUACUACAGUUGCUAUGUGAGCCAGGUAUUACAUGCACUGCAUAUGCUGUACUUGAGAAGCGACUCUGCCCUGCUGCACUGCACUGCCUUACCUAUACAUGAUUAUUAAGCACUGCUGAGUCACAUAGGAGGUGUCAUCUGAGAGUUGCACACUCUGUCUAUGUAUGUAUGUCUGUGUGUGUGUGUCUGUGUGUGUAUAUAUAUAUAUAUAUAUAUAUAUAUAUAUAUAUAUAUA